AUGCAUUUUGAACUAAAGACCACUCUGAUCAAUCUAUUGCCUAAGUUUCAUGGCUUACCUACUGAAGAGCCUAUCAAGCACCUCAGAGAUUUUCAGACAGCCUGCUCAACUACUAGGUGGCAUGGUGCAGCUGAGGUUACUAUAUGGUUAUACACCUUGCCGUUUUCUCUUGAGGGAAAGGCAAGAGAGUGGUUCUACACUCAACUUGUAGAAGUUGUUACAAACUGGGAUCUGCUCAGAAGGGAAUUCCUGGAAAAGUUCUUUCCAGCAGAAGUUACAGAUAGACUGAGGAAAGAAAUUUCUUGUAUUAUCCAAGGCAAAUCAGAGACUCUCUACGAGUACUGGGAACGCUUCAGGAAUCUCCUAGACUCAUGUCCCCACCACAAGAUUGACCAGUUGGUGUUGAUUAGCUAUUUCACAAAAGGUAUGAAGCCUCAAGACAAGACUACGUUAGAUGCUAUGAGUAAUGACUCUCUGAAGAAGUACAAGAUGACGACAGAAGCAUGGCAACUGAUCACCGAUCUGGCUGAGUCUACCCGAAAUGCAAGUAAGACAGUUGCACUCGCCAAGACUCUGGGAGAGAUGACCAAUAUACGGAAGCAGCUUCAGCUUAAUCAACAACAACCUCCGCCUCCUCCACAGCAACAUUGUCAACAGUUAGUCCCUCAGAGAUUGUGUGGAAUAUGUGCUUUAUAUUCUCACUAUACUGACGAAUGUCCUCAACUCCAACCAGAAGACAAUACCUUGGUGGCUACUCAUAAUUUCUACGACCGUCUAAACCAAGGAUACUAUCAGCAAGGCGGUAAUUUUAGCCAAGGAGGCAACUACAAUCAAGGAUGGCAGGACAACUACAACCAAGGUUGGAGAAACAAUUCCAACCAAGGAUGGUGGGACAAUUACAAUCAAGGAGGCAGAGACAACGGUGGAAGUCAAAGAUGGAAUAACAACAGCAACUAUCAACAGAACCGGAAUCAGCAGAAUCCUUCAUACAGAGCACCUCACCAAAGGCAAGCCCAAACACCUCAAUUCAACCAACAACAAGCCCCUCAAAUUACCUACCCCUCUUCUUCUUCCAAUGAUAAGAUGCUUCGCUCUAUUGUGCCAGGACAAAAAGUCAUUCAGAAUACACUUAACUCUACCAUAAAUGGUCUUAACUCCACUUUACAAGCUCUCAUCUCCUAG